AUUGUAUUGAAUCAAAGCGACCUAACCAUCAUUGCAACACAUUGUCACACGAUUCGGACGUCGACAUAAAUUUACCAAUUUAUAGUAUACAAUAACAUCUUUCGAAAUGUCAUCCGAAUCUAUACAACUAAUUGGGAAGAUAUUGAAUGAUCCUUCGAAACCACUUAAAGAAAGAUUUAGGGCUUUGUUUACCUUAAGAAAUCUUGGUGGAAAGGAAGCCAUUCAUUUGAUAUCCGAAUCUUUUCACGACGAGUCGGCUCUCUUAAAACAUGAGCUGGCCUAUUGCCUUGGACAGAUGCAAGAUACAUAUGCUAUACCAACUCUGAUUAAGGUGCUGGAAGAUACUGAUCAAGAAGCGAUGGUCAGACAUGAAGCAGGUGAAGCACUUGGUGCUAUUGGAAGUCCAGAAGUCUUACAUGUCCUUCAAAAACAUGUUGCCGAUCCAGUGAUAGAGGUAGCUGAAACAUGCCAGAUUGCUCUCUCAAGGUUACAGUGGCUCCAGAACUCGGAAAAUGAAAAAGGGACUCUUUCUGAGAACCCCUACUUUUCCGUGGACCCAGCCCCACCAACCAAACAGACAGACGACGUAGAGAGCUUGAAAAAGACUUUGUUAAACGAGACGCUAUCUCUGUUUGAGAGGUAUCGGGCUCUGUUUUCAUUGAGGAAUCUGGGAACUUCAGAAGCAGUUGUAGCGAUUGCUGAAGGAUUGAAGUGUAGCAGUGCUCUCUUCCGUCAUGAGAUAGCCUACGUCCUUGGCCAGAUACAACACAGUGCAUGCAUUGACCAGCUCACGGUGAAUCUGAAAGACCCAAAAGAGAAUCCCAUGGUCAGGCACGAGUGUGCAGAGGCGUUAGGUUCAAUAGCAACAGAGGCUUGCAUGAAGAUUCUGGAGGAGUAUGUAAUGGACCGGGAGCGUGUCGUCAAGGAGAGCUGUGAGGUGGCGCUAGACAUGUGCGAGUACGAGAAUAGCGAGGCUUUCCAGUAUGCAGACACCAUGGCUCGACUGAAACAGGGCGAGAAUCUCAUGACCACAGAGGAGAUUGUUACAUCGGAACAUUGAACGCUGAAAUUAUGACUUUUAUGAUUAUUAGAAGUGGGGGAAGGAAGGCGUCUUCAUUCUUAUCAGGGGAUGAGUUGGUGGUGACAAAAUACAUUAACAAAAAUACAUGUAUAUAGUAAUUUGUAAUAGUAUGUCGUGCUUGAAAACUAUUAAUGAUUUGUAAAACACAACUGAAAUUUGUGGAAACCAUCUAAGGUUAGAAAGUGAUUUUAUAUAAUAUAAAUGAUAAUAGAAGUUAAAAAGUUAAUCUUAAAGAUCAAGGUCAGUUUAUUUUCAAAAUGUUUCCUUGCCUAAUGUAAAUGUGAAAGAAAUUUUGCCAAGAAUUGAAAUGUAUUGCUUUGUUUG